CCCCUGUCUGGUGCUAAUGCCUUAUCCCAGCACUGGCUAGGAGCGAGGCACACUGGAAAAACCAGCGACCCACAGCUGUGUAACUUUGUGCCUGACUCCAGCACCUCAGCUCUUAGGAUCCACAAGCAACAAGUUAUUAGCCCCUGAUCUGCUGCAGAAAAAAAUGCUGUUCAGCUCCUGCUCACUGUGGAAAACUCUGCCCACUCUGGUUGUUAUAAAUGUAGCAGUGCUUCUUACAGAUUUUGCUGAAACCGGAGCUCUUACCAGUGAAAGUGACUGUAAAAGUGCAACCAUAAAUGAUGUGAAUGAGAGGCUUGAGAAAUAUUCAAAAUGUUUUAAUGCAAUGAUCGCCAAGGGUGAAAGAGCUUCAAUCAAUUUACUUACCUGGACACUACAAGAAAUGCUGGAUCUUCUGCGCCCUGUUCAAGAGAAAUUUUGCAAGCAGCUCCCUCUGUGCCCACUCCCACUAGCCCCUAGGAAUGGUGGGCUGGUGUGUGUCAUCAUUGACAAUGCUCAGUACUGCAAACCCAUGUGCAACAAGGGUUAUGACUUUCAGUUCCUCAGAAGAAGUAGGCUGUAUGAAGUGUGUGGCAAUGCCACCGGAUUUUCCUGGACAUCACAGUUUGUUGGAGGAAAUGCACUUGCUGUUUGUAACCCCUCUGAGAUGGCCAUCAGUGGAGCUAAAUCUGCCUAUUUCCCCACCAACAGCACCUGUCUGCGUACAUUAGCCUUCUCUGAAACUCAGACAGAGCAGCUAAACAUCUUCCUCAAAGAGCUUGGUGAGCAAGGCAUUGAAAGCUCCAACCGUGACAAGGAGGGUGAUUGUAUCAUCUGUGGUUACUAGCACCAAAAGGCUUGUUUCACAGACCAACCAGCCAUCUGCUAUUUGACAUGGGUUCUUUGACAAGAGUAGCAGUGAAAUAAUUGCAAAAACAUGUAAACACACAGCUUUCUUUUAGCUAAAAGACUAGACUUCUUGAUCAUUUGGCUUCAGCUCAUGGGUACAGAUAUGUAGGCUAAAUGUCAUCACAUAUCUCUUGGUGUUGGUCUUUCUAAAAAACAUCACUUUUUAUGACUUAAAUUUGUAGCUGGAAUUAAAUAAGAAUUGCAGUUGUUUAAUGGAUGCGGUCAUUAAUUAAACACAAUAAUUGUUAUCAGAAAUAAUUAUCUGUCAGGGGUCAUCUUUACUGAAAAAGGGCCAUACAUUUAGUUGCUUUUACAGUUGCCAAAUAAUCACUAUUAUUGCUCUGAUGAUCAUUAAAGCAAUGCAAGCCACAACA